ACGCUUCAAAACACCUUCCUCUAUUUAAUUUCAGAAAAAAAGCGUUAGAUUUAUUAUUAUUAAUUCGAGCAAUCACCAAUGUGCUACGCACCUUCGUCUUUAUCACUUUAAUUCUUAGAGAGGAGACUGUUCGCGGAGAAUGUUAGAACGUUCUUCUUGGUGGAAUUGUUUUGAUUGAAGAGACUAAUAUAAAACAUUUCUCCAACCUCUACUUCCAUCCAUUCCAUAUCCGAUGCUAUGCUCGCGUGCCGAAACGCCAUCGACUUCUUGCAUAGCACCGCACAGAGCACUUCACUGAGUCACUGGCUCCCGUAGCAUUCAGACGUGCUUUCCUUCCCGCAAGAGAGAUAUACCUUCCAGCUGUUUGCGCAUUUCAGAAGAAAACCGAGUGUGUGUAUGUGUCGCGGAGUGCGAGCAAUCAAGAUAGACUUAGCACAGCAACAUAAUUUGAAUUGCCUUCCAAACGAGGCACAUCAUUUGUACUCCCGCAUGAUCCACUUCCGCGCCUAAUUGAGACAUCUCCUCAUUGCUUUUUGGGCUGCUUUUUGGGCAUCAUAAGCGAAUGGUAAAAGUGUUGUGUGGCGACAGAUGAGCAUCUCGAUAUGGAAAUAUCGUUAAUUGUUCAGCGAAUGCAGAUUGUCUGUUAGGAAGGUGUUUUCUGCGCUCAACGACGGAGCAGAACAGUUAAGAACUGUGAGUGUGAGUGCUUUUUCCCUGCAAUUUUCCAUCCCGCGACUUUCGGGGUAACAGCGAGAGAGAGAGGGGCAAAAGUGAAAUUCUUCUGUGCACGUCUUUUUGUCAUCUUCUAAAUUAAAACAUUUCGAGGGCAUCACAUAAAAUGUGUCAACGAUUUAUCAAAAGUCUAAUCAACAGCAAGUGGAAUGUUGAGCUCAUGCUGAUGAUCUCUCUGGCCACGAUACUUCCGCUUAUCCAUGCACAAGACUAUGACGUGACGGACAUUCAGUGCUCCUUCGCAUCGCAGGGAUCAAGUGUGGGCGACACAAUUACGGCUCACCUGAAGAAACCCAUGGGCUUCAAGGGGACCCCCCUCUUUGCUGAUGAUCGCAGCAUCAACCCUGAAAGCGAUGCAAGUUGCAUCAUAAAGCCGGAUCUCAAUGAUCCGUCGGAACUGGGAUACAUCCUAAAGAUUCUGGACUUUUCCCGAUGCGGCGUAUUGCGACGCAAUGGGUUCGUCCACGUGCGAAUAUGGUUCCCACAGUUCCCGGGUGUCGUGAUGCAAUCCGACCAAGAGUUGAUCAUCAUGUGCAAGCCACCAGAACCAACGGUGAUCCAGAACAAGGCAGCCGGGUUCGCUGGAAGUUUCCCACAUGGAGCUCGAGUGUCUGGAGUUGUGGAAGAAACUCCGGGAAGAUUGGAGUAUGAAGUAGCAUUGUACAAGGAAGCUCCUCCCGUGGCGAGGAUCAGCGCGGCACAUCUUAAAAAUUCCUCUCUAAGUAGUCCUGUAACGAACAAUGAAGUUCCUGUGGAUCAAGCCGUUCCUAUUGGGACGAAACUGCAGCUCCGAGCACGGAUUAGUGCUCAGAGUGUGUGGAAGUAUGUAAAACUCAUGGAAGUUACCGUGUCUCCGGAUCCGGAUGAUCCUCACGCCAUUGGGGCUGUUGCUCUUGUCCGUGAGGGAUGUCGCAAUCGAGAUUUUGCCACAAUAAUCCCACAUCAACCAGCACGCUACCGCGAUCGUUCCAAUGAGGUUUUCUUGGACUUUGAAGCUUUCCUUUUGAGCUCAAUGAAGGAACGCAGUACCUUGUGGAUUCAUUCGCAAAUCAAGGCCUGCAUGGAAGCUGCCGAUUGUCAGCCAGAUUUCUGCCUGGAUCUCUUUGAACCCUCAGGUUUACCUCUUGCAGGGCAUGGACGACGAAGGAGGGCGAUCGCCGAUAAGAAUGCAACGGAAUUUACAAAAUUCAAGGAGAACAUCGAAUACACAGUGAUCAUGCCAGGAGAUUAUGAGACACUGAAGUCAAAUCAGGGUGAUCAAUGCAGAAGUUUCCUCUUCAUCUCUGCUCUUCUUUCUUUCCUUCUGGCACUCUCAACAAUCAUUACCUGUAUUGCUGUUUUUAAACUCCAAAAUGGACGAAAACACAUCGAAAACUACAUGGCAAGCAGCAAAGGAUACGCAGGACGAGCAAUUGUGCAAUAGAAACUGAAGAAUUUAAAAGGGAAUUAAGAAAAUAUUUAAUUUUUAAAAUGGAGACUUGAAAAUUUCUAAUAGAAAUUUCUGAUCAUUGUUCUUCUGUUUUAUAGCUAAGAAAAAUUCAAUAAACACGCCGGUGUGUUAUGUGAAACAAAAAACUAAUUCUCUGAGAAGGCUCCCUUUAGGUUGUAUUGCUCUUGAUUUACUAAUUUCUUUAACGGGGUUCGAUCAGACAUUUCUAUUGGAAUGAAUAAAUGACAUAAAUGUUAGUAAUUUAUUUUUAAAGUAUUAUUUAUUGUAGUAAUUUAAUGUGCAAAAAGGUUGUUUCUUAGAACAACUUCUAUUGACCAAUGAAAAUUAGUUUUAAGAUUUUUUUUUCUAUAAAACAAAAAUAUUUUUUGCAUUUCGUGAGGAUCAAUAAAGAUAAUUGAGAUUGUGAA